AUGACUCCACAGUUCGGUCCCACAGAUGGAACACAACAACAAAGUGGAAAAUCUGCUGAGUUAGCCCAGGCACCACAGUUGCAAAAUAGGAAAUCGCUAGAUUUGACCCACAAUUCACAGUUGCAAGGUCUGGAAUAUGUUCAUUUGGCCCUACCACUGAAGUUUUCAGAUACAAAAGCUGUGGAGCUGAUCCUAAGACCACCACAGGAAGAGAAGAAAUCCAUGGAGUUUGCCCCAAAGCCAUGGUUACAAGAUGAAAGAUCUAAGGAGACAGCCCCAGUACUAUUGCUUAAAGAUGUGAAAGUUCCUCAAAUGGUAGAAUGUAGAAAUGUGAUUCCUGAAACACAGGUGGAAAGUAUGAAAUAUGAGGAGCCGAUCUCAGGGGCACACAUUCAAGCAGUAAAAUCUGCAGAGCUGAACCUCAAGCCAAAUCAUCAAGCCACAGAACCUGAAGGAUUAACCCCAUGGCAUCAAGAUUUGGAAUCUUCAGGAAUGAUCCCAGAGCCAGGAUAUCAAGGAGCAAAAGUAGAAGUGACUUCCGACCCUUGUCACCUCAGGAAAGAAUCUAUGGAUUUGACACAAUCAUCUUUAAGAAGUACUCCAGAGCCAUUGAACCAGACUUCAGAAUCUAUGCAGGUGAACUCAGUGCCAUUUCAAGGUGCUCUUGAGACAAUGCUCCAAGGCGUAAAAACCUUGGAGACUCGAAUGCCUCAACACAUAAUACAAGAAGCUCCAGAGUUGGUACCAGGAUCAGAGAUGCAAGGAAUGAAUCCAGAAGUGUUGAACCCAGAGUCCCAAAGUAUGAAGUUUGUUCAUCUGAAUCUAGGACCGAAGUUUUCUGGUAUGAAAGCAGGCCCACAGUUACAAGAUGUGAAAUGUUCUGAGUUGAUGAUGGGUAUAAAGCUUCAAGAUAAAAAAUCGGCAGGGUUUGCUUCUAGAUCACACUUGCAAGGUAUGAGAUCUUCUGAAGUGAUCCCAGGGUCAAAACUUCAACAAAUGAAACCCUCUGAGUUCAACCAUGGUCCAAAGCUACAAGGUGGGAAAUCUGAUUUAAUUCAGAUGAGGAAGAUUCAAGGUGUGAAAUCUGUGGAGUUCAACCCUGGACCACAGAAACAAGGUGAGAAAUCUGAUUUGAUGCUAGAGUGCAGGCUCUAAGAUUUGAAAUCUGUUGACUUAAAACUGGUUCUGCAGUUACAAGGUGUACCAUCUUCUGAGUUAGCACCAAAAACAAAGCUUCAAAGUGGAGAAUCUGUGGAGUUCCUUACCAGACCCACGUGGAAAGACAUGAAGCCUCUUGAAUUGACUCUCGGUGCAAAGACCCAAGAUGUGAAAUCUUUGGGGUUUGAGUCAGUCCCACAGUUACAAAAUAGGAAAUUGCCUAUGUUGACACCAGGAUCACACAUUCAAGGCAUGAAAUCUCUGAAAUUCAGCCCUGGGGCAACGUUGCAAGGUGCAAAAUCUCUUGAGUCUGUAAAGCUUCAAAUAAUGAAAACCACAGAGGUCAACCAGGGCCUAGAGUUCCAGGUUGCAAAACACUCGUUAGCCUUGGAAUCAAAGAUUUGCAAUGUGAUAUCUUCUGAGUUCAAUGCUGGGAAGCAGCGGCAAGAAAAGAAGUCUUCUAAGUUGAAACCAUGGCCAGAGCUUCAAAGUGUGAAAUUUGUGGUAUACAGCCCUGGACCACAUUUGCAACAUAUAAAAUUUUCAGAAUUGUGCAAAGAGACAAAGCUCCAAGAUGUGAAAUCUAAGGAAUCCAAUCCUGAGCAACAGUGGCAAGAUGUUAAAUCCUCUGAGUUAUGCCAGGGGUCAAGGCUUCAAGGUAUGCCAUCUUUCAAGUUCAAUCCUGGGCCACAGUUACAAGAGAUAAAACCUGAGUUGUGCACAGACAGGAAGCUUCCAUAUGAGCCAUUUCUGGAAACAAAGCAUCAGCCUAAAUUACAAGGUGGGAAAUCCUCUGAAUUUAAUCUAGCCCCACAGCUUCAGUGUAUAAAUGUUAAGACAUUCAGUACAAUGGUGUAA